UAACACCGGCUCGCCGUUAGCCAACGCGCAAACGUUACCCCGUGUGACGUCAUCUCCAGCCAGGGAAGCGGUACGACAACAGCUGGACGUGUUUCCGAGAGUCCCCGCCGAGCUACGGACACCAGUCAGAAUGUGGGGGGCAGUGGUUGUUGGCGUUGGUACAGCAGGCUGUGUGAGGAUUAGAGACAUGUUAGUUCCUUUACCUGGCAGUCCUGCAGCCAACCUCAGUGUCAAAGGAUUCAUCUCCAGGAGAAGCUUGGACCCGCACCAGGGUGUAAGUCAGAUCUCGGCUGAAGAGGCUGUGACUAGAGAAGACAUUCAUGUGGCCUUCGUGUGCACUGAAAAUGUGUUGCACGAGGACAAUAUCAGAACCUUUCUACAGGCAGGAAAGCACGUCUGUGUUGAGUAUCCCAUGACCAUGAGCUACAGGGCUGCUGUGGAGCUCUGGGAUUUAGCCCAGAAAAAAGGAGUGACACUCCAUGAGGAACACAUUGAGCUUCUGACAGAAGACUUCAAAGCACUGAAGAGAGAGAUUCAGGGUAAAAUCCUGCAGGAAGGCACUCUUCAUUUUACAGGUGGAGCUCUGAAGCCUGGCUUUGGUUUCCAAGCGUUCAGUGGCAUUGCUCGCCUGACGUGGUUGGUCGAGUUGUUUGGUGAUCUGUCAGUGGCUGCAGCCACCAUGGAGGAAGACUCUGGUAACAACUACAGCAAGAUGACUGCAAAGCUGCUUACCUCUGACAACAGACCUCUGACGUGGAUUGAGGAACGGGGACCUAGCCUACCUAGGACCAAGAACAUCAACUUUCACUUUGAGACCUACACUCUGACCCAGAUCCCAGCUGCUCCUAGAGGGGAUGUGGGCCUCUUCAUGCAGGACCUGAUCCACUUCUCUGCCAAGCUGACAGGCCAAGUGAGUGCAGAGGAGCUCCACAAAGAGAAAACCAGGGUCCUGCACUGCCUUGAGCUGGCAGAGAGGAUACAACAACUUGCCUUAAAAAAAUAAUAAUCCAUCUUCAUAUCAUCACCAUGCCCUUAAGUUUUUGUAAGAACUUUUAAAGUAAGUUAUGUUUCACUCAAAAGUGACUGAUGCUGGUUGAAAACUGAGUGUGCACACAUUUCCACAUGGAAGUAUCCUACAAACCAGUUCUGUAGAAUCACAAAUAAUGGCAUACAAUGGUCUCCAUGGUCUAGAAAAUAAGUUUUGUCAGAAUGAUCAAUCCAUGAUGAAAGAAUGUGGGGAAAAAAACAAUAAAAUAUGCUUCAUUGUC